CGAGAGAGUGCGAAGUCCACUCGCUGCUUGCCGCUCGGGGCCCCCCUCCACUGCUGCCACCACCACCACCAACCACCAACACCACCACCAACACCACCACAAACACCACCACAAACACCACCAACACCACCACCAACACCUACACCACCACCACCAACAACAGGCGAAGUCGGCGUCCUCUCGUGCUGCUCCGUGCGAACUACGAAAUCCGAGAAGGGCUGCUGCUUGCAGGACACGUGCAGCGCGAUGUCUCAACACGACGAGUGGAGUUCUGCCGCAGCUGCUGAUGUGGACACGGACGACUGCUUGCCAAGCUACACGCACCUCUACAGCCCCACGCUGCUGAAAGGGAGGGUGGCGUUCAUCACUGGGGGAGGUUCUGGAAUUGGCUUCCGCAUUGCUGAACUCUUCAUGAGACAUGGCUGUGAUACCAUUAUCGCAAGCCGAAACAAGGAGCGGGUGGAAGAGGCGGCCCGCAAGCUGAGGCAAGCCACUGGCCAGAGCUGCGUGGCCGUGACCCUUGAUGUCAGGGAUGAGACCUCCAUUGAGCGAGCCCUCGACCUCGCCCUGGAGCGCUUCCCCCGCAUCCACAUCCUCGUCAACAACGCGGCGGGAAACUUCGUGUGCCCCAUGAGCAACCUCACCCCCAAGGGCUUCCGCACAGUCAUGGACAUCGACACCAUGGGCACCUUCAACAGCAGCCUGGCGCUCUAUCGACGCUGCUUCAAGGAGCACGGAGGGGUGAUUGUGAACAUCUCCGCCACCAUCAGUUACAGAGGACAGAUGCUGCAGGUUCACGCCGGGGCAGCCAAGGCAGCCAACGAUGCGAUGACAAAGCACAUGGCGGUGGAGUGGGGGCCGGACAAGGUGCGCAUCAACAGCCUCGCCCCGGGGCCCAUUUCAGGCACGGAGGGCAUGCGGCGGCUUGGCGGUCACCUGAAGGGGCAGAAUCCCUUCGCCUCCGUGCCGCUGGGGCGUGCGGGCACCAAAACGGACAUGGCACACUGCGCGCUGUUCCUCGCCAGCCCCCUCGCCUCGUACGUCACGGGCUCGACGCUUGUCGCCGAUGGCGGCGCCUGGAUGACUUCCUCCAACGAUUUCAACGCGGUCCGAGCCGGUCUCGUCACCUCCAAGAUGUGACCCCCCCCCCCUCUCCUCUUCACCGUCGGUCUCGCCAAAGCAUUUUGUGCUGCGACAAAUCGCAGGCGGUCGACGCAAACCUCCCAAGUUUCAAACAAAAAGAAACUCGACACACUGGUCAACAACACCGCCUUGAGCGGGUAGAAGGAAAAAAAUCGAGAAUAGGCGACGUUUCUCGGCAACGACGCUUCUAAACGGCAAAGUGUCGUACACAUUUCUUUGUUAAUGUCCAAAAAGGCUGGCUGCAUUGAGCCAAGACUUUCACUCGGGUUCUUAGUUUGAGUGGAAGGAAACUCUAGUACAGACAGUCCACAGAGAUUAGUUGAUUAGUUGAGAUUCUGCGAUAUAUCGCGGAGCCCUGUGCUGUCCCCGCACCGAUUUAUCACGGUUGGCUACGUACGGUGCGAAAGAGAUUCGACACAAACAAAUCUGUUUUUUAAGAAUGUUUCUCGGUGAACAAUCUUAAAUUGAUACACGAAGUUACCGAUUGUUGAAAGUUGGGCAUUGCAUUAUAUUGGAAAGCAAGGGUGGGCGUUGAGAUUGACGAGUGGCAGAGUGAGACCAGUGGGUGGAGUCAAGCGGUAUCUGCUGCAGGCUGCAUGAACACUUUGAUAAGGAGGGGGUAGAAUUUGCAAGUACAGUACCAAUUAUGUGUGACAAUUGCGCACUUGAUAGUCAGUAAUGCUCACGAUGACGCGGUGAAGGCGCGCGUCUUGAGGUGCUCCGAAAUUGUUGAU